CUUUCCAGGCGGAGCUAUUAUGUUCUGGUCCUGAGUUGACACAGGUAGAAGGGAGAGCGGAUAUAGCAAACACAGGCCUUUUUAUAAUCUUCGGAAAAGCCACAGAGGUCGAACCUAGCCUGCUACAGCACCAACCCGACAGGAUGGCGUCCGAAGGGGCAGUCUUCCACUCAAACCCUGUCAGCAGUAUGCCCAGUAACCCCCUGUUGGACCAGCUGCCCAGUUACCAGUCUCUGCUGUACCGCAGGAAGCAGUCAACAAGGGGCAGUGGGCGGGAUCGCAGAGCGAGCAGCUCUCUACAGCGAAUGGGGUCCAGUGGCAGGUGGGCGGGGUUCAGCGCAGAAACAAGGUCCCCAGACCCCACCCCACAACGGCUGGUCCGAGAACUACCUGUAAACAUGAAGGAGAAGCGCCUCUUAGCCAGGGAGCGGCGACUUGAGCAGAGCAAAGACCUGAGCAGCUGGGAGCGGUUUCACCUGAGGAGACUACGAUCCUGGAGGCGAUUCAAAGACGAGAGCCAUGAGGUGCUGUUAACACUACAGCUUUGGAGGAAAGACAUUUCAGCUAUUGAGGGUAAAUUUGGUCCUGGAAUACUGUCGUACUUCUCGUUCUUGAGAUUCCUGGUCCUUUUGAACUUUGUGAUGUUUGUCCUGAUAUUCAGCUUCAUCACCCUGCCAGUUGUCAUCUCAUCAUACGGAUUUGGAAACGGCACCUCCAGUUACAUAGAAGUGAGCGAUUGCACAGCGUACCCUAGCAGCUCACGCCAAGGCCUGGUUGUCUUCCAUCAAUACAUCAUAGACCUGCUCUCAGGAACGGGUUUUCUGGAGGAAACAUACCUGUUCUAUGGCUACUAUAGAGUCAGUACUGUGCAUUUCACCAAGUUCAUGUACAACGUGCCUUUGGCCUACCUGCUAGUGACCAUCGGCUACCUCUUACUCAGUCUUCUCUGGAUUGUUAAAAGGUCAGUCGAGGGGUUCAAACAGAAUCUGGUCCAGGGUGAAGAUCACUUCCAGAGCUUCUGCAACAAGAUCUUUGCCGGUUGGGAUUUCUGCAUCACAGAUGAGAGUGCUGCUAGGCUGAAGCACAGCAGUCUGCAGUACGAGCUGAAGACAGAUCUGGAGGAGGAGAGGAUCAAGCAGAAGAUUGCAAAGCGAACUCUUGCGGAGAAGGGCCGUAUCUACCUGCUCAGACUGGUCCUCAAUCUCUUCGUACUGGGAGUGCUGGCAGGCUGCUUCUAUGCCAUCUACAUAGCCACCGUCUACUCUCAGGAGCAGGCCACACUGGUAAAACCUAAAAACUUCAUCCUGGACCUGAUUGUGGAGUACCUGCCCUCCAUUGUCAUCACUUCAGCCAACUUCGUCCAGCCGCUGAUGUUUGACGUGAUCAUCCAGUUUGAGGAUUACACCCCUGCCUUCGAGAUCCGCUUCACACUCAUGAGGUGUGUGUUUGUCAGGCUGGCCAGUAUCGGGGUGCUGCUCUUCUCCCUCUGGUCCCAGAUCACUGCCUGUGUGGAGCCCUGCCCUUGCGGGUACAACCACAAGCUCUACCCGUGCUGGGAGUCCCGAGUCGGCCAGGAGAUGUACAAACUGAUGAUAUUCGAUUUUAUCAUCAUUGUAGCUGUUACGAUAUUUGUAGAGUUUCCAAGGAAACUCAUCGUGACGCACUGCCCAUGUGCGCUGACACAGUGGUGGGGUCAGCAGGAGUUUGCCAUCCCGGACAACGUUCUGCAGAUUGUGUACGGCCAGACGAUCUGCUGGAUCGGAGCCUUCUACUGCCCUCUGCUCCCUGCCAUCGGCACCAUCAAGUACUUCAUCAUCUUCUACAUCAAGAAGGUCUCUCUGAUGCAGAACUGUCGCCCGUCGACUCGUCCUUUCCGGGCCUCCAGCUCAAACUUCUUUUUCCUGGCUGUGCUGCUGAUUGGUCUGGCGAUGGCCUGCGUGCCAGUGGGAGUGAGCAUUGCACAGAUCAACUCCUCCAAGGCCUGUGGCCCCUUUGUGAACUACACCACCUCGUGGGCAGUGUUGCCUGACACCAUAGACCAACUGCCCCCCGGCCUGCGCUCCUUCUUCCAUGGGGUCGGCUCCGAGGCCUUUGCUGUGCCUUUUUUCGUGGUCGUCUGCAUGGUCCUGUUUUACUUCAUCGCCCUGGCCGGAGCGCACAAGCGCGUUGUGAACCAGCUGAGAGAUCAGCUCGUCAUGGAGGGGCGAGACAAGCGUUUCCUUAUCCAGAAGCUGUACCAGGCUCAGAAGGAACCCUGGAUGUCUCCACAUCACAGAUCAGGUUCAGGAAUCAGCCAGCCAAGGGGGUCAGGCCAGCUGUCAGGGGUGUUCCUGGAGCAGCACACAGGGGCCAAUAUGACGCACGCCUGUCCAAGACUAUUUCAGUCCGGAACCGUCAGCAGCGACUUUGCACAUAGUUCAGAGGUUGGGGUGGGUGGAUACACAGGUAGCACCAAACUGAAAAUCUGCACGGCCCCCUACAAACUGGUGGAGAUGGGGGUGGCCUGGGUGUUUUUGGUGGCUCUGAGCGCUCAGUUAGCGCUUAUGAAAGCCGAGGAUAUCGUGGUUGGAUGCGGGGGGUUUGUGAAGUCUGAUCUGGAGAUUAAUUAUUCCCUUAUCGAGAUAAAGCUGUACACUAAGCAGGGAUCACUGAAGUACCAGACCGACUGUGCCCCCAUUAAUGGGUACUUCAUGAUACCUCUGUAUGACAAGGGCGAUUUUAUUUUGACAAUUGAGCCGCCACUUGGUUGGAGUUUUGAGCCUACCAGUGUUGAUCUCCAUGUGGAUGGUGUAACUGAUAUCUGCACCAAAGGAGAGGACAUCAACUUUGUCUUCACUGGCUUCUCUGUUUCUGGGACGGUGCUGAGCAAGGGCCAGAACUCUGGGCCUGGUGGGGUUCGGGUGUCCUUGCGGAAGUCUGGAGAUGACGUUGACAUGCAAACCAUCCAGACACAGCCAGGGGGCAAGUACACAUUCUCGAAAGUGCUGCCUGGCAACUAUGGUAUCUUUGCAUCUCACCCAACAUGGACCCUGCAGCAGGGUACCACCUCUGUACGUGUUUCUAACUCCAACGCCCAGGCCGCAGUGCCCCUAGUGGUGGGGGGGUAUGAUGUCUCGGGAGCCGUGCGCAGUGAUGGGGAGCCCAUGAAGGAGGUCACCUUCCUGCUCUUCUCCUCAGCCAUCAAGAAAGAGGAUAUCUCUGGCUGCAGCCUGGCCUCGGUGGAAGGCUAUCAAUCUGAGGGAGAGUCUCUGUCCUUCCUCUGCAGUGUGCUGUCCAGAGAGGAUGGCACCUUCACUUUCUCAUCCCUCCCCAGUGGAGAGUAUACUGUGGUACCCUUCUACAGAGGAGAGAGAAUUACCUUUGAUGUUGCUCCGUCACGGCUGGACUUCAAAGUAGAGCAUGACAGUUUAAAACUAGAGCCCGUUUUUCGUGUGAUGGGAUUCUCUGUGACUGGCAGGGUUUUGAACAGCCCUGGAGGAGAGGGUGUUCCUGAUGCUACUGUGAACCUCAACGACCAAAUCAAAGUCCUAACAAAGGGAGAUGGUUCUUUCCGCCUGGAGAACAUGACCACAGGGACCUACACCAUCCGAACCAACAAAGAGCGCAUGUUCUUUGAGCCGAUCACUGUCAAAAUCGCUCCAAACACACCCCAGCUCCCUGACAUCAUCACUGCAGGGUUCAGUGUGUGUGGUCAGAUAUCGAUCUCGCUCCUGCCUGAGGGGAUAAAGCAGUGGAGCCGCUACAAGGUGACACUGACCCCCAAGGGUAAGGAGAAGACAAGCUCGCGCACCGUUGAGUCUGACCCCCAGGGAGCCUUCUGCUUCCAGGCCAAGCCUGGAGAGUACAGCGUCCAGGUGUCUUUGCCCGAGUCAGAGCUGAAGGCAGGCCUGGCUCUGCUUCCGAAGUCCCUAGCUGUGUCCCUGGUCGACAGGCCUCUGGAUGAUCUCCACUUCACUCAGCUCAUGGCCUCUGUCUCUGGAAAGGUCUCAUGCCUGGCUGUCUGCGGUGACCUCACAGUGACCUUGCAGCCGUUGAGCCGUCAGGGUGAAAAGCGCAGCGCUCAGCUCUCUGGGAAAGGGGAGUCCGUCCCGUUCUCCUUCAACAGCGUCCUACCUGGCAAAUACAAAGUGAGCAUCGGACAGGAGGAGUGGUGCUGGAAACACAAGUCCGUGGAGGUGGAGGUGCUGGAGGAGGACGUGCUGGGGGUGGAGUUUAAGCAGACUGGAUACAUGCUGCGCUGCUCGCUGUCCCACGCCAUCACACUGGAGUUCUACCAGGAUGGCAGCGGUCCUGAGAAUGUGGGGGUUUACAACCUGUCCAAGGGAGUCAAUCGCUUCUGCCUGUCCAAGCCAGGUGUGUACAAGGUCACUCCACGCUCAUGUCAUCAGUUUGAGCAGGACUUCUACACUUACGACACGUCUGCUCCAAGUAUUCUGACUCUGACUGCCAUUCGGCAUCAUGUGACUGGGGUCAUCACCACGGAUAAGUUAAUGGAUGUCACUGUUACCAUCAGGUCCUCUAUCAAGAGUGAGCCAGCCCUAGUGCUCGGUCCUCUCAAGUCCCUCCAGGAGCAGCGUCAGGAGCAGCAGCUGCAGGAGAUUGAGCUACGCAGGCAGGAGCGGGAGCGAAGAGGUGAGAUGGAGGGCAAGGAGAGCCCCCCUGUCCAGGAGAGAGCCGAGGAUCUGCACGGUCCCUUCAGCUACGAGUUCUCCUACUGGGCUAGGGCUGGUGAGAAGAUCACUGUAACCCCUUCAUCCAAAGAGCUGCUGUUUUACCCUCCUGAGGUGGAAGCCACCAUCACUGGAGAGAACUGCCCAGGCCAGUUGGUGGAGGUGGAGGGGAAAGCUGGUCUCUUCCUGGAGGGUCAGAUACACCCAGAACUAGAAGGAGUAGAAAUCACCAUCUCUGAGAAGGGGGCUGCCACGCCACUACUUACUGUCGCAACCAAUGAGGGGGGAGCUUACAGUGUGGGCCCCCUGCACCGGGACCUCGAGUACAGCAUCACUGCCAGCAAGGAGGGCUUUGUGCUUAGCCCAGUUGAGAGCACACAGGGGGACUUCAAGGCCUUUGCAUUGGCGGGUGUCACCUUUGAGAUCAAGUCUGAGGACAGCCAGCCUCUCUCGGGAGUUCUGCUCUCUCUGAGUGGAGGGCAGUUCCGCUCCAAUCUGCUAACCCAGGACAGCGGAGUCCUUGCCUUCAACAACCUGAGUCCCGGCCAGUAUUACUUCAAGCCCAUGAUGAAGGAGUUCCGAUUCGAACCUGCGUCCCAGUCGAUCGAGGUGGAGGAGGGGCAGACUUUGAACAUAGCCAUCACCGGGUACAAGACUGCAUACAGCUGUUAUGGCACAGUGUCGUCUCUGAGCGGUGAUGCUGAGCAGGGUGUUUCUGUGGAGGCGGUCGGGCAGGGCGACUGCAGCCUGUAUGCUGAAGACACAGUCACGGACGAGGAGGGCAAGUUCCGCUUGCGUGGCUUGCUGCCGGGGUGCAAGUACCUGAUCCAGCUGCGAGCCGAGGGCAACGACCACAUCGAGAGAGCACUGCCACAGCACCGUGCCAUCGAGGUUGGCAACAGCGACAUUGAGAGUGUGAACAUUAUUGCGUUCCGACAGAUCAACCAGUUUGAUCUGAGUGGCAACGUGAUCACCUCUCCUGAUUUCCUCCCCACACUCUGGGUGAAGCUUUACAAAAGUGGCAAUCUGGAUAACCCUGUUCAGACUGUGUCUUUGGGACAGUCUCUUUUCUUCCACUUUCCACCACUGCUACGUAAUGGAGAGAACUACGUGAUGGUGCUGGACUCCACGCUCUCCCACUCGCAGUACGACUUCUCUCUGCCUCAGGUCUCCUUCAGCUCAUCUGGUUACCACAAGCAUGUCACCCUGACCUUCAACCCGACGCAUAAACUGCCUGACCAGGACGUGUCUCAAGGCUCCUACAUUGCACUUCCCCUCACCCUGCUGCUCCUGCUGGCUGCUUACAACCAUGAGAAAGUGAUCCCAGUGUUGCUCCAGCUAGCGAGCCGUGCUCAGGGGGUGCGAGCACUGGGUCUGGCAGGAGGAGGAGACAGCGCCACCCUUGAGGACACCAAACGCCAGGCCAAGAGAGCGAAAAACAGGCGCACAUGAGAAGGUGGGGGCUCGGAGCAGAGCCCACCCACCCCCCACCCAACCCCCC